AUGCAACUGGGUGUACUGUAUAUCAUGAUAAAUUAUAUUUUUGAUAGAAGUAAUAUUCUUUCUGUUCACGCAGAUACGGAGACUGUUCUUGCACUGGAAUCCCAAGUCCUAAAGCUCUCAGAACCAGACCAGGAAUAUCUACAAUCUCGGAUGAUGGACGACCAGACAUUAUUUCUAUUAAUUGACGACUCCGACACACGGGCGGCAUUAUGGAAAAUAUUCUUCCAGGACCUCUGUUUCUUAGAUAUUAUUAAUAAGGUGAUAAAGAAUCUUCUUCUUCUACCAGAGGACCUGGAUUCAAAGAAGAUUAAGAAGAUUACUAUCAACUGUAAACUCACUCCUGUCCUGUUCCGAAUUGCUCGACUUCGGUUCUGGCUGGCUGACCAACACGGAUUUCGGAUCCCGGCCAUAGCCGAGUUUAUGCCCGGCCGAGCGACCCUGCCCACUCCGCAAACUCCGGAGGGCCUUGGUAGCAACGAACAGGAUAAAGCAGUGAAUCAACGUUGCGGUAUCCCAUACGCUGAUACAGUCGAUGCGGAUUGCUUCGCCCUGGAAGGGGGCAGACUAUGGCAGCCCUGGGAGUCCCCACAGGUUACAGCUGUGUUCUUCAGACAGUCGCAGUUCCAGACCUUCUUUCGUUACCUUUGGGAUAGGAGUGGAAUCAAUCAGGCUACAAACGCCGAGGACGAAUCGGCAGCGAGCGAGGAAGCCGCGGCGGUAGAUCCAGAGAUCCCAGAUUGUGAUAUUGAGCAUCCGAUGCCCUCGCCGAGUCUCUCACAGCUGCCUGAAAGAAGCAAUUCAAUUGAUUGGUUCAUGGAAAUGUGGGACUGCGGGUUGGGAGGGAUGGCAAUGCCCGCGGGCGAUCUAGUCGUGGUCCUUUUCCAUGGUUUGAAAAUGCGCAAGUUCAGCCUCCACAGUACAGAUCACCGCAAUGUAACAGAAGAGGAAAAUCUCCACGUCUGGCAUCUGAGGAACCCAGGCCAGAAUGUUCUAGCCAGUUUGACCGAAGAGAAUGUACAGGAUUAUCCGACAUCCGACUUAAAUCGGCUCAAAAGGAGGAGGAAGGGACUGUCUGAGGCCGUAAGUGAUAUAGCUGCGUGGGUAGACGAGCAAAUCUUCAGGCUAUCCACUCAUGUUCUUACUUGCAGUUCGACUGCACAAGAAGAGGAGUAUUGA